AUGGCCAUCCUCGCUAAAGCUUCUUCCCUGGCUUGCUUCCUUAUUGCCUGCCUCUUCUUCUCUUCUCUCAUCCAGGCCCUGCCCGUGCCUACCCCCAACACUCCAGCAGGAGUCUCACCCAUGGCCUUGACCGCACGCUCACCGCACCAACAGCGCGAAAUCCCCGACAGCAACAACCGAGACCUGCUAGGCGGCCUGCUUGAAGCCAUCGGCCUACCGCACCUCUCGAAGCUCAACCACUGGAAGAGCGCCAACGAGCCACAAAGCAAGCCCUCCAGCUCUGCCUCCAACUCCAACCCCAUCUCCAACCCUCCCUUCCUAUCCAGCAGCUCCCCCGCCAUCGACGACGGCAACAGCUUCACCCCAACCGUCAACUCAUCCGCGGACGACACCGAGACAGCCGAUGACCACACCAACACCAACAGCAGCACCAACAGCAGCACCAACAGCAGCACCAACAGCAGCACCAACAGCCCCUCGAAGAACGACCUCCCCCGUCCGUCCGAGGACCCCAUGGGCUUUAUCUCCGCACUCAAGCAGCGGCUACAGGAUGUGUUGAAAGCGGCGUUCGAUAGCCGGGACGAGCUGACACUGAACUGA